ACACACCAGAGACAUGGGCUGUAUUCCUACCAAAGAGAAGGUCGUUACUUUAGAAAAGACUCAACGUGACGAUAUAGAUGAUUCGCAUAUUUAUGAUUCACCUGUCGUCUUGCCAAAAACAAGAUUAGCUGUAGCGGAUGUACUGACGGAGAUCAUAGAUUUUCCAUCGCUCUUUAAUGAUCCGCGAUAUGCCCAUGAACCAGCAUGGGACAACGAAUGCCACCUUUACGAAAGACUUGGAAAACCAAAACAACAAUUCAUAAACAAUAAUAUGACAAGUUUCAAUACAAAAACAUUUGAUCUAAGAACGUCGUAACAACAACAAGCGCUAUGUUUUUUUACAUGUACAGCUGUAUAUACUUGUAUGCUGUCGUGAAAGCUUCACGUAAAAAAGCGAUAGUGUAUGUUUAUCAAUUUCACUUUUAAGUGAUUUCAAAUGAUAAUGUAUUACAAGUCAGUGCUAUUUAAUAGCAUGGAAAACUUUAAUUUCCAAUAAAAUUAUAUAUUUU